GUCCCUUCCCCGGGGGCCUUGGGAUCGGCUCGCAGCAGACCCGGUGCCGCUCGGACACACCGCCGUUUGCGUUCAGGUGGGCAGCGAGAUGGCGGCGCCGACGAUGGAGGAGAGGAAGGCCUGCUGGGGGGCCCGGGACGAGUUCUGGCAGUGCAUGGACAGCCACGGGGAUGAUGCCUCCAAGUGUGAGCAGCUGCGGCGGUCCUUCGAGUCGCUGUGCCCGCAGCAGUGGGUUAAAUAUUUUGACAAAAGAAGAGACUUUUUAAAAUAUAAAAAGAAGCUUGAAACAGAAGGGUAUCAUCCUCCAGAAGCUGCUGGGAAGUCGUAACUUCUCUGCUUUCAAAAUGAAUCUAGUGAGAAUAACUAUGGAAGGAAAAAGCACGAGAAAGUGACCGAAGCUGCUUCAGCUCAAGAACUGGUAACCAAACUGUCUUCCUGAAAUGCACACUGCUGCUCCUGUUACCAGGUCUCAGGUGUCUGCUGGGAAAAGAUGGUCGUGGAUAGCUUUUUCAUGAGAAUAAGUCAAAGAAAUAUGGUGCACGGCUAUUCAAAAAUUAAGGUUUUGAAUGUGCAAUUAGUCAAACUGUUUCAUGGGAAUAAAUGAUUGUUUAAUAAUGUAAUAUAAUUCUGAAGAGAACAAUAAAACUGUUUUUCAGUAAGUUAA